ACUACAUCAUGCCACAGGGAAAUCAUAGCACUGUGACUGAAUUUAUCCUCACUGGAUUCCCUGGACUUCAUCCGGAGUACCAAGGCUUUACCUCAUUUGUAUUGUUCUUAGUUUAUUUCUUAACUUUGACAGGCAAUGCUACAGUUCUUUUAUUUGCAACCGACCGCAGCCUUCAUAAACCAAUGUAUUAUAUAAUUUUAAAUCUGAGUGUAUGCGAUAUUCUCUUUAGCACAACCACCUUACCUAAGAUCAUCAGUAAGUAUUGGUUUCAGUCAGGCACCAUUUCAUUCACAGCUUGCUUUGUCCAAAUGUACUUUGUUCACUAUCUUGGAGCAGUGAAUUCCUUAAUUCUUUUUUUAAUGGCUUUAGAUAGGUAUUUGGCUAUCUGCCAUCCUCUGAGAUAUCCUCUUGUUCUUAAAACCUCCACCAUCCAAAUUCUCAGUAUUAGCGCAUGGGUUGUUGCCAAGGCCGGCCCUUUAAUGCUGGUUAUUAGGGCAUACCCUCUUUCUUAUUGUGCCUCAAACAUCAUCAACCAGUGCUACUGUGAUCAUAUUGGUAUAACAAUGCUGGCAUGCACUGACAGGGCCUCUUUUGGGUUUCCUGCUUUAGUAUUGGCAAUGGUUGCGCUGCUGGGACCUCUGGCAUUUAUAAUAUUCUCAUAUGGCUCUAUAAUUAUAACAGUACUUAAGAUAGCAAAUGUACAAGGUCGCCUAAAAUCUCUGUCCACAUGUAGUACUCAACUGAUUAUAAUCUCCCUUUAUUAUUUACCCAGAUGUUUUGUAUAUUUAGCCAGCAAUGUUGGCAUUACAUUUAGUGCUGAUGUGCGAAUAGUAAUUAUCAUGCUGUAUAGCCUUUGCCCCCCCAUGAUUAAUCCACUUAUAUACUGCUUAAGAGCUAAAGACAUGAGAGAAAGCUUGUGGAAGCAAUUCAACAGAAAGACCAUUCCACAAAAAUCACAAGUUUCGGCUAUUAGUAACUGA